AUGGAUGUUAAAGAAGUCGAACAAAGUGUGAUUGAAUAUGUUGAGGAAAUGAAAAGGGCAAAUACUAACCAGGAUAUGGAAAAACGUGAAGAUUUUGAUAAAAAUACUGACGAAAAAACAGAAUAUAUUAAUGACAUACAAAUACAAGAGCUAGUAGAAACAUUUCCCAAUAAUGAACAAACCAGACAAUAUGAAGAAUAUAUGGAAUAUUCACAAGAUUUGCAAGAUUCGCAAAAUGGGCAAAAUUCGCAAAAUGGGCAAGAUUCGCAAAAUGGGCAAGAUUCGCAAAAUGGGCAAAAUAAUAUUAACAAUGAAAAAAUAGAAAAUCUUAUAAAUUUGCCUAUUAGUACGUUUCAUAAAAAAGAGAGUAAUUGUGAUGAAGGGAGUGAAAGGGAAAAUGGUUUUUACCAAAGUACCGAACAAAUUAUUCCCACAAAAAUUCUAAAACUUAAAGAAGAUAAAUCAAUUGAAGAAGAUAAAUCAAUUGAAGAAGAUAAAUCAAUUGAAGAAGAUGCCAUAAAUAAUCAUAAGUCUAGUGCUGCCCCUACAUCGAUAAAUAUAACCAACCCUGAAUGUUGCGAUGAAGAAGUCAUGAGAAAUGGAGAAAAUGAACAAAAUGAGGAGAAUGAAAAGAGUUGCGAAAAUGAAAAGAGUUGCGAGAAUGAAAAGAGUUGCGAGAAUGAACAAAAUUGCGAAACCCUUUUAGAAUUAAUCAGUAAAAAGUCAUUAUUAGAAAAUGAUAAAAUAAAAAAAAAUAUAUCUUCAAAAAAUUUUUAUAUAAUUGGUGAAGAUAUGCUUGUAAAUAUAACUAUGAUAUUCGAUAAAAUAAUAUUAAAAUUAAUAAAUUUUUAUAAAAAAAAUAAUUUUGAUAGUGAUAAACAAAUUGAACAUUUUUACAAUUUUUUUAAAGUCCUAUAUAAAUUAUUAAGCAAUAUAAGUUACCAUCCUAAGGAUACAAAAUACAAAACGAUUAAGAUGUGUAAUAAUCAAAUAAAACGAACUUUUUUAACAAAUAGUGAUAUUUUUAAUUUAGUUAAAUUAUUAUUUGAAAUUCUCAAAUUUAACACUAAUUGUGUUAAUAGUGAUACUGAAAUUGUAAAUGAACAGAAUAAAGAAGAGAAUAUUAUUAAAACUGAUAAUAAAAUUGAUAAUAAAACUGAUAAUAAAACUGAUAAUAAAACUGAUAAUAAUAGUGAAGAUAAUAAUAAUAAAAUUAUAAACAAUGAAAUAUGGAAAUUUGAAAAUGAAUUUUCUGAUGUAGAAUCAAUUUUAUUUGAAUUUGUUUUAUCAUCUAUCAAUAUAAUUAUGGGGAUGAUAAAUAAAAAGAUAAAUUCAUCAAACAAUGAAAAUGAAUUUAUGUCUAAUAAAAAAAAUGAUAAGGAUAUUAAAACAGGAUGUAGUGUAGAUCCUAUAAAAAGCUGUAUAUCCAAUCAGAAUUCAAAUAAAAUAUUUAAUAAUGAUUCAAAAAAUAAAUUAAUAGAAAAACAUGUUAAUAAUAUUAUGCCCAGUAAUAAUAAACUACUUGUUAUUCGUCAAAAGGAUAUAGAAGACAAAAAUGCUUUAAAUGAUAUUAGAAAAUUACAUAAUGAAAAAUUUAAUGCCUAUAGAAAUAAUGAUGGAUAUAAUAAUGACAAAAAUAAAAAAGAUGAAACAAAAUAUAGCUUAUUUAGUAAUAAAUGUGAAAAAAAUAGUCUCAAAAAAAGUGGGAAAAAAAUAAAGCAUUUUUUUAAAAACUUAUUUAAAAAGGAUUAA